AUGGGUAAAAAUAAGAUGAUAGCAAAGAGCUGUCCCAAAUGUGAAAUGCAGGUAGCUGUGGCAUCAAAAUCUUGCAAAUGUGGUCACACAUUCUUUGCAUCACGCCGUGGAGCGGAUACGCUCCCGCCAGUUGACGAUAUAAGAAGGCGUACUGGUAGGGUAAAAAGGGCCCAGCCACAGUUUUAUGAUGCGCAGGAUUAUCAAAAGCAAAAAAGAAAGUCUCCAAAGAAAAGAUCUCUUGAUGAUGAUGAUUAUAAGAAGGACAAAACUGAAUCUGCUACGGCAAGGGCCAGACGUCGCAGAGCUUUACGUAGGGCUACAAAGCGUGUGCCCCAACAUUCUGAACGUACAAGGGACCCUACACCGCAGUUAAGACCUGCUCAAAUUGCAAGAUGUCAGCUCAUACUAUCAGAGAUUAAUAGAAAAAUGAAAGCUGUUACAUGGCAACCACCAUCAGAUUAG